CCGAUGGCUGUCCCUCCGGCGCCCAGGCCUCAGCGAUGGGGCCGUGGCUCCUGGUUCUACUCCUCUCCACGGCGUUGGUGCCAGCCUGCAGGGUUCAGCCAGUGUUGAUUCAGCCGGCCUCCAUAUUAGUGUUGCUGGGACAAACGGUGAACCUCUCGUGCGCCCUGAACCCGGGGUACAACAUCAGCGACUACGGGGUCUCCUGGUACCAGCAGCGAGCCGGCCGCCCUCCGAAGUUCUUACUCUACUACAACUCGGAGACGGACCAGCACAAACCCGCCGGCACCCCCGCCCGGUUCUCCGCCACCAAAGAACCCGCCCUCAACGCCUGCGUCCUGACCAUCGCUGCGUUCGAAGCCGAAGACGCCGCCGACUAUUACUGUUCCAUCAUGCUGUGACACGGCGUUCACCGUUCUCGAACAGGCUGAGGAGGAGGAAGCUGCAUCCCUGGAAACAAAUGCGCAAAAUAACUUUUGAACGGGAAACCUGCGGAACUCCUUGCUGCAGGAUGUUGUGAAGAGCAGGGCUCAGAAAAGAACUAGA